CAAAUGUUAUAGAGUGAUACUUACUGUACAUUUUAAAAAGUCACAGAAACAGGAAAUUGCCAAAAAAAAAAAAAAAACUCCACCUCUUCAGAUGCAUAGAAAAAGACAGACAGUCUCGUGAUGUCAUGAGUUUCACCGUGAGAAGACAGCAGCAGUGGACACUCACUAACACCAAACUGAACAACACCUCAAGGACCAGGAUGCUGAGACUUUCUCUCUAUUUACUGCUUGCCAUUGUUCUUAGAGCUUCUCAUCUGGCUGAUGGCGCUAACAUACGACUCGCUGGCGAUAAUAACUCCUGCACUGGUAGAGUGGAAGUCUAUAAUAAUUACCAGUGGGGAACAGUGUGUGAUGAUUACUGGGACAUAAAUGAUGCGCAGGUGGUGUGUAGACAGCUUGGAUGUGGUAAUGCUGUCAGCGUUCAUCACAAUGCCCACUUUGGUCAGGGAAGUGAUCCAAUAUGGCUGGAUGAUGUUCAGUGUUCUGGAAGUGAAAACACCAUCACACAGUGCACUCAUAGAGGAUUUGGAGAACACAACUGUGGCCAUGAUAAAGAUGCUGGUGUUACUUGUUUAGGUCGUAAUCAGGUCAGGCUGGUGAAUGGUCCAAGUAACUGUUGUGGUCGAGUGGAGAUCCAGCACAAGGCCCAGUGGGGAACAGUGUGUGAUGAUUAUUGGGACUUAAAGGAUGCUGAGGUGGUGUGUAGACAGCUUGGAUGUGGUAAAGCUGUCAGUGCUCCUCCUAAUGCCCGCUUUGGUCAGGGAAGUGAACCAACCUGGCUGGAUGAAGUUCAGUGUAAUGGAACUGAGAGUGUAUUAGAUCAGUGCUCACACAGAGGAUUUGGAGUAGAGAACUGUGGAUAUCAUGAAGAUGCUGGAGUUGUGUGCUCAAACUUGCAGACUCCUACAUUGACUCAGAUCUCCCCAAACUCUGUGGUCUCACCUGGAGAAGUCCUUCAGUUCAGAUGUUCCAUACCCAGCCUAACAUGCAUCUCUGUAGACUUCAGUUUGUAUAAAACUGGAAUAUUAAUAAAGAAUCAAACUGCAGAGACUACAACAACAUUUAAUCUGACUGUAGAUGCCUCACAUCAGGGCCAGUACACCUGUGACUACUCAUACAGGGAAAGUGCCUCCACAUCACCCAGGAGCAACUCCAUUACCAUCACUGUGGCAUCUCUGGCUCUCUACAUUGGUGUUGGAGUGACAGCAGGACUGCUUCUCAUCUUAGUUCCAGUCAUCGUUUGCUUUGUGAAGAAACAAAAGAGACGGAAAUGUCAGAUGGAUAUGAAGAAUGAUAUACAGUGUACCAAAAACACACAUAAGAGCCCCCAAGGAAAGAACGAGACAGAUGCUGUUUAUGAAAACGCAGAAACUAUUUUCCAGCAGAAGGACAAUUUGGACAACUCUGAUCACGACUACAUUAAUGUUGAUGCUCAUGAGCAAAGAAGUGAUGUGGACAAUGACUAUGAGAAUGUAGAUAUUUAGGCAAACUGUGUAGAGUAGUGUUGAGAACUAAACAAUUAUCCAGUAUCUACAGUCCCCAAACAAUACCAUGGUUCAAUUGGAUAAUUUCCAUUGUCAAGAUACAAUCCUUUUCUUUUUUUUUAAAUAACAAAUUGUUUUGGUUCGUUUAAUCUUUUUAGAUGUUAUGAUAUUAAAACUUUUAUUUUCAUUUUCUUAAAAGUUUGUUGUUACCCAUUUAUCUCACUGCUACUUGAAAAUGGCUUAGUGGUCCAAUACAAAAUGGUAUAUUCAAGUUUUCAUUUUGUAUUUUUAAUAUUAAAUCAUAAACUGAUGACAAUGCAAAAAUCAGAAAAUAAUGCUAGGUGCACCUGAAAUGUAGGCGUUUUUUUUAUUUAUUUACUGUAUUUACUCUUACCUUCCUGCAACAUAUAUUCAGUCUUAUGAAUAGCUGUUUGGGAUUUUGGGUAUUUUGGACCUAAACUGGACAUUUUGAAACAAAUUAUUUUGCAAAUAUGUAUUUGU